AUGGCCGGGGUGGAAGGACGUGUCCCCGCCGUGGGGCUGGCAUGGGAGCUGAUUUCCAGCGAGCCCUUGAUAACCCCCUUCCCACCUGCUGCCCAGCGGCUCCGCUCACGCUCCUUCCCUCGCUGGCUCCUCUGCAACGGCAGCCUGCACCGCUACAAGCACCCCUCGGACGAGGAGCUCUGCGCCCUGGCAGGGAAGCAGCGCCCCAAGGCCAAGCGGGACAGGUCAGCUCAGCUCGCGGCCCUGGCUCUGGCGGGCAGGCCCGCCUGGUGCCCCACCCCCAUCGCCGCCGUGGAUGCUCUCGUGCUGCGUUAUUUCCUGGAGUACCAGUGGUUUGUGGAUUUUGCCGUCUACUCCACGGCUGUGUACGUCUUCACCGAGGGCUACUACUGCCUGGCGGACCCCCAGAAGGAGACGAACAUCGGGGUGCUCUGGUGCCUGCUGACGGUCGUCUUCUCCAUCAAGGUCUUCUUCACGGUGAUGCGCCAUUACUUCCGCUCGGAGGAGGGGGGCGAGCGCUCCGUCUGCCUCACCUUCGCCUUCUUCUUCCUCCUCCUCGCCAUGGUGGCCCUGGUCAUCCGUGAGGACUACCUGGAGUUCGGCCUCGAGCCCGGGCUGGCCAGCGUCAGCAGCAACCUGGAGAGCAUCCUGAAGCAGCGGGGCUGGGAGUGGACACAGCUCAUCCGCAGGGUCCUGCUCCACGUGAGUUUCCUGGCGCCUGUCCUGGUGGUGGUGAUGUGGAUCAAGCCCAUCGCGCGGGAUUUCCUGCUCCAUGCACCCAUGGGCAAGCAGACGGUGCAGAUCAUGUCGGACUCUGCCUACAACACCACGCGCCUCUGGACCAUCGUCGGCCUCUGCCUCUUGCGCCUGGCUGUCACCCGUCGCCACCUCCAGGCGUACCUGGGCCUGGCCGAGCGCUGGGUGGAGCAGAUGAGGAAGGAAGCCGGGCGUAUUGCUGUCCUGGAGAUCCAGCGCAAGAUCACGAGGAUUUACUGCUACGUCUCCGUGGUCAGCCUGCAGUACCUGGGACCCGUCAUCCUCACCCUCCACUGCACGCUGCUCCUCAAGACGCUGGGGCACCACUCGUGGGGGCUGUACCCGGAGCCCCCUCCCCUCCCUCCGGCAGCGACCGCAGCACCGCCACGUCCCGGCGGGGAGGACGGGGAGGACGUGCGUGCUGCGGUGGAGCAGAUCACUGGCAUCUUGGGCAGCAUCUUCACCCCCCUCUUCCUCCGUGGACUCUUCGCCUUCCUCACCUGGUGGGGGGCCGCCUGCCAGGUCAUCCCCAGCCUCUUUGGCCUCUACUUCCACCAGUACCUGGCAGCUUCCUGACUGGGGGGAGCUGGGACCUGCCUUGGGGUGCAGUCGGUGCCUGGCUGCUGGUCCCCUUGCUCCUGCCUCGGCUGGUUUCCACCUUUGCCCGUGGCACAUGUGGACACACACGUGGGGACAUUUCUGCCACCA